AUGACAAAACGCAUUCGUUCGUAAACAAAAAUGGCGAUUGUUGUUCUUUGAAAACUCCGUUUGGCUCAGAUUGUGAUCGUCUCGUAAAAACCUGAAAACAUAAUUACUAUCUAUAUAAUAAAUUCCACAAAACCCAUCAAAUCAGGUCAAGUAACCAUGUCUGUGCCGCCAAAAUUCCCUGGUACCGGUCUGGAAGAAGUCAAUGUUCCCGGUCAAGCUUACCUUCGAGAUGCGUUAUCCUGUUGUGACGAUCCGUUGAAAGCCAUCGAAAACUUCCAGCUGGAGAAUGGUAUCCUUUUGCCAUCGCUGAGACCGAUGCUUCCGUUGUUGGAUCUGCACGGUGUUAGGCGACUCGAGUUCCAUACGUCAGUGCUGGAGGAACUUCGAAAUAAGUUGAUUGCCCACAUCAACGAAGUGGGUGCCAAGGAAGGUCGAGAACGGGACCGUAAAUUGAAGGAGCUGCUGGUUAAGAGCUUCCCGGUAGUACGGGUCAAGGCUUUGCGACCUGUUGUGAUGUGCAUUUUACGAAACACCAGCCACAUCGAUGAUAAAUAUUUGCGGAUUUUGGUGCGUGAUCGCGAACUGUACCAGGACACGGAUACCGAGGUUAAAAGGCAAAUCUGGCGAGAUAAUCAGUCGUUAUUUGGAGAUGAAGUAUCACCUCUGCUAUCGCAGUAUAUUCGCGAGAAGGAGCACAUCUUGUUCGAUCACAUGAAUUUAAACAAUCUAUUCUUUACGCCGACGCCGAAAGUUCGUCGACAAGGAGAAGUUGUCCAAAAGCUAGCCCACAUGAUCGGAAAUAGCGUCAAACUAUACGAUAUGGUUCUGCAAUUCCUGCGUACGCUUUUUCUCAGAACUAGAAACGUACACUACUGUACAUUGCGGGCCGAACUGCUGAUGGCACUGCACGAUUUAGAAGUGCAGGACAUUAUUUCGGUGGAUCCAUGUCACAAAUUUACCUGGUGCUUGGAUGCCUGCAUCCGAGAGAAAAAUGUGGAUAUUAAAAGAUCGCGAGAACUGCAAGGCUUUCUGGAUAAUAUCAAGCGCGGUCAAGAACAAGUUCUGGGUGAUCUCUCGAUGACGCUGUGUGAUCCUUAUGCUAUCAAUUUCUUAGCGACUUCAGCCAUUAAAAUCCUUCAGCAUUUAAUCAAUAACGAAGGUCUUCCUCGAGACAACACUAUUUUGAUACUGCUACUGAGAAUGUUGGCGCUUGGACUUUCUGCUUGGAUUAUGAUCGAUUCACAGGACUUCAAGGAACCGAAAUUGGAUAGCCAAGUCGUGACAAAGUUCCUUCCGGCGCUAAUGUCUCUCAUGGUAGACGACCAGGUUCGUAAUUUACACUCCAAACUACCACCAGAUGAGCGCGAGAGUGCCAUCACAACAAUCGAACAUUCCGGUCCCGCUCCGGAUGCAGUCGAAGCGUACAUCCAGGAAAGCUCUGUAGCUUCAAUUCUCGCAAUGUAUUACACUUUGCACACAGCUCGCCAGAAAGAUCGGGUUGGAAUUCUUCGAGUCAUGGCCAUUUUGGCGUCCUGUAAGGAUGAUCGCGCUUACGAGGAUCCGUUCCUACACUCCUUGAUCGCACUGAUGAUUCCAAUGUCGGAGGAAUUCGCCAACGAGGAUUUCUGCACCGGACUGUUUGACGAGUUCUUAUUCGCCGGUCUGACGCGGGACAACGUAACCCGGCAUAUGCUCAAGCUACUGUGGUACAUCCAUCAGAAGUUGCCCCAGGGACGGCUGCAAACGUUGAUGAAGGCAUUGCAACCGAACGCUCAGCAUCACGAGAACGUGCAUAAACUGUAUGAGAACCUGCAGAAACGGGUCAUGGCUGUCCACCACGAACCACUGCCGGAGCCGAUGGAGACGGAUUUCGAUUCGCCGCUGAAGAGUGUCCCAACGCCGGGAUCGCACUACGUUUGAAAGUGUGUAGCGGUAAUUUAGUAGGUUUGGAGAAUUUAUGUUACAUAACUUACCACUUAUUGGUAAAUAUUAUUAAGUAUUCGGAAAAAUAUAGAUAAUCGUAAAAUUUUAAUAA